CGGAAUCGAUAUUCUUGUACGGUUGAGUGAUAGGGACAUCUGGCGCAUGCCCAAUGGGAAGGGCUCCGUUUUCCCGAGCAACAGCUAUAACAAUCUCGCUCUGUUUCUCUUGCUCUUUCACGAGCCAGCUAGUUAGCAGGAUUCGGCAAGGAAAUCAGAUAUGCAGCUGGCUACGACGAUGGCAGUUGGCUCCGCCCAUUUCAAUAAACGGGGACCUUUUCCCGACGGAGAGAUCUAGUAAGCGCACACUUGGAUGGUAGUGUUGGUGAGAGAAAAACGAGUGGUGAAUUUCUCAUACCAUCUGCUCAGGGGUGGUGAAUUCGAGGCCUUCUUUGUCCGUUGCGUUUGUGCCAGUUGCGAUUGGCUGCCUUCACGGGCUGCGUCUGUGGGAAAGAGAGCCAGCUAGAUCGUGUCGUUCACUUACUCCCGUAGCAAUUAGCGACCGGGGAGGAUGAGAUUGGAUAAUGUGUCGUUAAUGCAGCAAACUGGUUCCCCGAUACCAAUACUCGCUCAGCUCUCCGGAGGGCGAGAGCAAACGAUCGUUCGUUCCGUCACGCAAGAGGGAUGUGUGUUUAAAGUUUAGUUAGGCACUUCAGUCGAAUAUUGUUUGAAAGCCAAAUAGUAGUUAUUCCCCUCUGCAAACAGUCACAUCUUGUUAUUCCGGAGAGGCAGCAGGCAGACAAAGUUUGUACAACAUUAUAAUAUAUAAACAUAAUAUAAUAAUAAAGCUUUCGCGCGCGCGGGUGGACGCUUUUCCACGAGUUCCAGUUCGAGUGCACUUUUCCGGUGUUUUCCCGCAUGAAAAUUUCACGGUACCAUUUUUCGGCAGGAUUUACGCGUAAUCUGUGUUGCUAAUUUCGCGCAACGUAGGCUGUAAUCCGUGAGCGUGACUUGGAGGCCACCCAUCUUCGCUGCCAGUAGUUGUGUUGAUCCCUUCAAGAGGGACGAAUUUUCGGUGGAGACCCCAGGAGGAUUCCCUGGUGCGACACAUGUGAAAACUGGGAGCUGAGUGUGAUGUUAUACUCAGAGUGGAGCUCACUCGCAGUUUUCUGAGGGACUACCAAAUCUAUAUCGUGCCGUGUCACGCCGCACGCAAUCCGGUACGCAUCACGAGAAAAAUCUUUCGGUAGAAAAUUUUGGCCGUUCCACGUUGUUGGUAGUGGUGUACUGGCGUCGGUCGUCUCGUCAGCAUCAGAACCAGUGACGUUCGUCGUUUUGCAGGAGCACUCUCCCACGCCUUCGAGUCGAGUCCGGGAGAUUCCGACGAUUCUGGCAGAGGCUCUUCGAAGCCUGUUCGCACAUAUUUGCUUUUUCAAUCAGUAAAACGACACUGACUGGUGUUUGGGUUGUUGCAACGAGUCAACAUCCAACCGAGCCAAGGGAAAGAGCCAAAACUCCAAAAUUCGCUUAAGCCUUGAUCCAAACCAAACUGAACGUCGAAGUUGAAGAAGACGAAAACCUGUUGAACCGCGCCAACCCACUCUCGAACCAGAAACGGAACACCCGUGAAGGAGUGUGUAAAAUUUGUUUGCUUGUUCAACUUGGAACGCUUGAGAACGCCAAGCAAGGCCGAUGAAGAAAGAAGGACCCCCGUGUGUAUGUUUGUAUGUGUACCUGUGUAUGUACGUGGAGAAAUAGUUAAGUUUUUGUGUCCACAUCAUACAACUAGCAGGAAGGAGACUGAACGGUUUUGUGACGAAACUUCGACGGCCAUCGAUGUCGGUUUCGGUGUACUUAAGAUAAUACCCUGGGCAGUGUGAGUCCUUCCCGGACAAGAACGGCUAGGAUUUUCGAAGUGGACCCCCGACCAGGGCGAUUGUUUGUGUUUAUUAUUGAAUUUUAAAUCGAAUCGAGCCCAGUCAUUGCAUGCGGGGAAAGUACGGGGAGCUGAAGCAAUUGGGUAUCGACAGUGACAAGUGUGUGAAAACAAACACGCCCGCCUCAUCGAAGAUAACAGCGCUACGCAUUAACAGCCGGUGUUUUUGGUGGCAUUGAUAAGUGUGAUACAAACAAUAUAAUCCAGUGCCGGGAUUCGAUCUCGACGUCGCUGACAGAACAAGGAAGGAAAGGGAAUGCGAGAAGAGAUGAUUGAUCUGUUGCUGAUCAGAAGCGAUAUUAUAUAGUGAUUUUGAUUGAUUUGUUUGUGCUCAGCUUAGAGCGAAAGUUUGAAGACGUUUUGUUUUAUGAUUGAAGAAUCCACCAGCUGAGUGGAGACUAACGAUAAGAAUAGGUUCAAAUUGAGUGAAGUGACAAUGCAGAAACUUUAUCCAGAAACGUCUAUCAACAGUACGAGCAUGGCCGGCGGUAAUAUGAGCCCUAUGGCGUCGACCUACAGUAUGAACAGUAUGGGCAUGACAGUGGGCGGCAUGUCUUCAGUGUCGCCUCAAAGUGCUAGUUUCGGGGCAUCGGUUCUCGGUAGCCCGGGGAUGUCGGGAAUGGGCGCUGCCAUGAAUACCAUGUCUAGCAACUGCCUUACAAGUGCUCCAAUCGGAUACAGCUCUAUGGGUUCUCCGAUCCCCAACAUGGGAUCAUGUAUGGGUGGAAACGGUAUGAGCUCAAUGGCGGCCAUGAGUGGGUAUUCUAGUGUAGCAGGUAGUCGAGAAGUUCUGGGAGAUCCUGGUUCUCCAAACGCUGCCCUCAAUCGAAUAAGGACCGAAAAGCCGGCGGCCACUUAUCGACGAAACUAUACCCAUGCAAAACCUCCAUACUCGUACAUUUCCCUCAUAACAAUGGCCAUCCAGAACAACCCGCACAAGAUGCUAACGCUAUCCGAAAUCUAUCAAUUUAUCAUGGAUCUGUUUCCGUUCUAUAGACAGAACCAACAGCGAUGGCAAAACUCGAUCAGGCAUUCGUUGAGCUUCAACGAUUGCUUCGUAAAGGUUCCGCGAACUCCGGACAAGCCCGGCAAGGGUUCGUUCUGGACUCUGCACCCGGAUUCGGGAAAUAUGUUUGAAAAUGGCUGCUAUCUGAGGCGGCAAAAGCGAUUCAAAGACGAAAAGAAGGAGUUGAUACGUUCCAUUCAUAAGAGCCCGGUCAGCAGCCUAGAAGCGUCCAGUCCAGACAAGAAAGACCCCCAUGAUGAUCACCACCAUCAUCACCAUCGGGAUCAUCACAAAAUCACGGCCGACACUCACGGAAUGCUGAACAGUGCCCACGGAAAGGAUGCCGAUGCACUGGCCAUGCUUCAUGCUACGGCCGCCGAUCUUUGUCUAACGCAACAAUCUCACCCGCAGCACAGUGCCCAUCACCAGCAGCUCCAGCAAGAGGAACUGUCCGCCAUGGUCAAUCGAUGCCAUCCGUCGCUGCUCAGUGAUUACCACUCGAUGCAUCUCAAACAGGAACCCGCUGGCUACACACCCUCUAGUCACCCAUUCUCCAUCACCAGGCUGCUGCCGACCGAGUCCAAGGCCGACAUCAAGAUGUACGACAUGAGCCAGUACGCCGGCUACAACGGUCUCAGUCCCCUGCAGAACUCGCACGCUGCGGCCGCUGCCCUCGGACAGGACAGCUACUAUCACCAGAGCCUCGGGUACCACCAUGCAUCGGCGGGUACCACCAGCUUGUGACAUCAGUAUCCCUUGGCAUAAGUAAAGCUCAAGAACUACUACAACUGCAACGGCGUCGGAGGAGGAAACGGCAGCUCCAACGGUGUCCAUUUCGGUAACCACUUCGGUAACAAUGGUAACUCUUCUAUCAGUAGAUCAUCCUGUAGCAGCGAAACCGAUCAGGGCUAUCCCUUCUAAAUGCCAAAUCGGUUCCUUAAAGUUAUGGUAAAAGUCAAAUACGUCAAUGGUUAGAAAAGUCAUAUUCCUAAUCGAAAAACAGUCAAAGUCCAUUGUUGUUUGUCUUCAGCUGAAGUUGUCACUCAUCUGCAAACACAGAUCUCAACAGCCUCCCACUAUCGAUCAGUUGAGCUUUGUCAUCCUGAGCCGGAAAUUGAAAGCUUCCAGUUUGACCCGAAAACUCGCACAAACGAUCGACAACGCCCCCACAAAUCACUCCGAGUUCAGAGUUACCCGAAGAGAAUCUCCGCGCGCACAAUGAUGUUUGUCUUUUGUAAAGUGCUCAGGCAGCACUCACGGCCCGUCAAGUGCCGAUCUUCAGAUAACUAAUUCAACACUGGAAAGAUCACUCGGUAGCUGCUGACUUGGGUCAGUGAAAAGAAACCAGUCGAUUUUUUUUCGGCUACCGUUUGACCUUGGUGGAGGGUUUCGAAGCAGAAAAACUCUUCAUAUUAGUUGAAACAGAUUAUGACCAAAUUUUUCAACCAAUUGGUAAAAGUCCACGUGCCUUCAGGAGAGGAUCGAUCGCUUUCACAAACAAGAAACAAAAACAUAACAACCAACAACAACCGGUCUUGGAUAAAGUGGAUCCGUUGUGACCGAAAAAAAACCAAAGUUACAUGAAUAUUUAUACAGAUGGUCGUUGCUUGAUACUUACUUCUGUGAGUCGUCCCCCGCGUUUUGUUAUUUUGUGGCUGUGAGGGAGAUCAGAGCAGUAAUUUGACUGUCUUUGGGCUGUUCCAUUUAAUCACGGAACAGAACAUUUUGAAUGGAUUUGGUGAAAAUAUUUUUCAACAGUGCCACCCAGCUUAAAAAUCAAAUUUCAUUCAUUUUGCUUUUAAGCAUCAGCAACAUUAUUCGCUAUUUUUUUAGAUUUAUUUUUCUUUCGAAUAUCUAUUUCCUGGUCUGUUCAAGAGUUCUAAGCCCAUUACAAAAAACGGAGCCAAAUUUUGAGAUAACUCUAAGUGGUUACUAGGAACAUUGUAAGUGUGAAACCUACCAUCUCACCGGCGUUACAAUGACUGUCUUUAUUUGGCAUCAGGGCGGCUCGCUUAGCCAAAGGAAAUAGGAGGAAGUUCGAAUUCAAAGAUCGGGAAAACCUCGAUUCUGCACUUCAAGAUUUAUUUAACGAAUUCUACAACAAUAAGCAAAAGCUAAUAUCAACAUACCUAAGCCAAAUUCAGUAUCAUGGCAGAAAAAUGGAGCCAAACAAAAAUCUUAAAAAAAAAUUCCGCAUGGUUGUACCUCAUUUGCACGCCAACGCUAUAGCAUCAACCAAUGCUAAUACAGUGCUUUUAUCGGAUUUUACCAGUUUCUGCACUAAAGCAGCAACUAAUUUCGCAAAACCUGGCUCACAGGGCUAAUAUGAUGCACAUAAUCAAGCUCUUUAGUCGCCGUUGGAGCAGAAUUGGUGCUUGUUAUUAGUGCUUAUGGUUACUCAGGUACCCAACAGUGUGGUUUACCAAGGGUGGCCUUCUGGUUGCAAUGUUUUGAAGCUUCCAGGCUGCACACUGAUCAGCGUUGCCAGAUUUCAAACCUCUCAAAUCCGUUGGUUUGGCGAAAAAAGAAAAACGUACUGAUUUUGAACUUGAUGACCUUUUUUGGUCGUCAUGUAGAACUUUCGUUUCUCCGUAUAAUUCUUGACAAUUUUCGAUAAUUCGUAGAAAAACCUUCAGGGAAAACUGAAUAUCCGUAGAUUUCUAACAUCGAUCCGUAGAUUCGAAGAAGUGCUCAAAAUCCGUAGAUCUACGUAGACAUCCGUAGAUCAGGCGCUGUCAUUGGCUGCAUUAUUUGGAAAAAAUCAUCACCCAUCAUUUUCCCUCACUGAUAUGUUUGAAAACUGCAUUUACUCGCGGCCAAUCACUACAACCUCCAUGGAAGUGUUAUAAGACGCUUCAAACAUUAAAGCGAGAAUUUGACUUUGCUGUGAUUUGUUCAAGAAGCAACGUGAAAUCCCUUUUUUUGAUGUACAUAGCUCUCAAAUAGGAUUGAGGUUCUUUAGAAAAAUGCGCUUAAAUUCCAAAAACCUAAUCUCUGUUGUGAUCAUUUUAUUGGCAUACUGUCGAAAGGCGUUCUCCACUUCAUGCUUUAUGUAAUUCGACACUAUUUGUGUAAUAUGAAUCUCGUGAAAUAACACGAUUUUGGAACUAAUCUGGCUAGAGACAUUUUUCUGGAAUAUUUAAUUACCUUCAUGGCUGUCUAUAAAAUCUGGCAUUUAUAUUGUUUCCAGUGAAUUUUUUGAUUUGGUAGUGAGUGCACCACUUUUUUAUGUAUUUUUCGAAUCAGAAUUGUUCAAUUUAAACUGUGAUGUUAUGAGGAAGUAUCCUAACUGAUACAUGCAGUACGUUUAAAGCCCCAAUUUAAAAUGCAUGAAAAGCGCCCACUCAUUCCCAUCUUUUUUUUUUUAAUUUGUAACAUUUAAAACGAUUGAACUUUUAAACUGAAAAAUGUUCUGAAUCAAAGCAAUCGUAACAUUCCCUUUAAUUCAUCCACGGAAUAUCUUGGUUGAAUUAAAGGGAACCAUUCGAUUGCUUUGAUUCAGUAGAAUUAUUCAACCAAGUGGGCUCACAACACAUAUUAGAGUGAAAAAUGUUCAUUUUUAUUUUUAUAUAUUUUGUUCCAUUUCGUUAACAAAACCUAACCUCAUAAGACCUAAACGGUUUGGGGGGGAAUUUUUCAACCCGAGAACCGUCUCAUUCAACCGUCUCGAUUCAAGAUGGCAGCCCCAAGUUUUGCGGCUGAAAGCAAAUUAAAUUGAUGUUCAAGAAUUGACGAAGUGAAUCAAAUAUAUAUCAAACAAACAUACCUAACUACAUACAAACGUACAUACAUACGUACACACAUACAAGCAGACACAUUCUGGUGUUCCCCCAUUUCAUUCGCCAGACGAGAAGGGCUACAGACACAUUUCAUCCCCCCAUGGUCGUUGUCGUCGGAAAUUUCGAUUGAAGCAGGCUGCGGGGAUGAAUUUGUUUGUCUUUGUGUAUUUUGAGUGGUUUGUUUGAUGGUGAAGUUUCGUGAAACCAGCGCGGGCAUCGGGAUGCCGAAUUUUGCCUACCUCACAUUUGAUGUGGGUUUGUUUUAAGAUGGCUGCUGGAAAGUACUUUAAGCCGGAUCGAUAUCUCCUCGAUUGUGCUGUCAGAUUUAGGGAAAAUAAGGGAAAAUGGACCCAUUUUUCAAGCAAAAGUUAAGAUUCAGGAUAUGGGUUUGGAGCUCACGGUACAGGAUGCAAUAAAUGUUGGCAGAUGAAAAAGUGACGGCAAAGUUGGAUACAAACAACCGAAAACUUCAUCAAGUGUUGUAGAUGAUUCAUCAAAUGCGGGACACCGCGAUCGGACAAAUUUAGCAUCGUGACAAAAGUGUCACACUCUAAAGCGGGCCAUAGACUACACAAAUUGGCCUGUACAAAUUCGAUGAUUCCGCGUCGAUUGUUUGAUCUAUGCUCGCCCACACACUAUACAAACAUAUUUCACGCGAACACAAAUGAUUGCUGGCGAAAACAGCAACAGCAACAAAAAAAACCAUCUCCACCCCGGCUGGGAGAAUGUUUUGUACAAAAUAUUUCGAUCCCGACCGAUUUUACUCCAACCGUUUGGGCGCUCAUUCAAGCAGUGCCAUACACUAUGCAAAUCGUGCUCACUGCGACAAAAUUUCAUCGAAUUUCAUCGCAUUUGUACAAAUGUUGUGUAGUCUGUGGCCCGCUUAAAACAAAACAUCACCUCCAUUCAUUCCACAUGCUAAAAGGUGUUGAUUACCUUACGAUUUUACAGUCUCCCCUUCACAAAGUCUCCACACCUCAUUCCGGCCAAGCCCUUCAAACUAUUGGCUUUCAAUUUCCGGCAACAUACAGCGAAAAGAGAGCCGCAGCAACAACAAAAAAUGGAGAAACUCCAUCUUUUCGCGCGCCUCAAGCCCCUUGUUCGAUUUGGCCGGGGGGAAACAAAAAUAGGAAAAAUGGUGACGCUCCCAUCCACCAAGCCAAGAGACAUCCAUCGACGGCCAGCAUUUGUCGUCCCAAAAGAGAAGGAAAAAUUCUCAUUAGAGCCAACCCGCUAAACAAACAAAUUAACCGUUUAGUUUUAAUUAAAUUAUUGGAACGCAAACAGCAGCAGCGGGCCAAACCCCGCGGAUCUUUCAGCUGAACACGUUCCGACCUAAAACAGGCCAAGUGUGGUGCGAAUCUGUUACCACCUUUGGUCUUGCUGUUUUUUUUCUUUUCGAAACCUAACCAUUCACAACGAUUGUAUUUGACUUCUACUAUUAACUUUUCCGAAACAGAAGAAAAUCUUUCCCAAGCACGGUUGCCAGUUGUAGGAAACUCGAGUUACGUGUCAAUCGAGAGAAGAUAAACAACAAUAACACUCAUUCGAAUAGUGACCAAGGUAGAAAGAAGAUCAAUCCAAUCGCAAUGUAAAAACAAACAUAGAAAAAAAAUCGUACAUCAAGCUUCUGGUUUCAGUCCAAUUGAGCGAAAAAUAAUCAAAACUUUCGCAAACAGUAUGAAUGGCAACACUGAAGGGUAAUAAUCGAAACGUGCAAUUAGAUGCUAAGCAAGUUACGGUUGGGGAGAUACUUUUAAGAAUGACUGCUCAUCGCAUGUUUAAAAACAAACAAAAUCGAAUUAUAUUGAAAAGUAAAACAUAAAAAACAGAGAAUAAAUAAUAAAAACCGACCAUUUCCCCAUUAAUUUUUAGUAGAAUAA